GGGAGUUACCAAUUGACUCUAGCAACGACAAGUGUUUUAGAACAAAUUGCCAAGAAACUAAUUAAGAGUGGAAUUUUAUAGGAACUCAAAUCGUUGUCGGAAAGAAAAACGCUAACAAGGACACUUGAAAUGAGAGGUUUCCUUUUAGCUGUAGCUUGUCUAGCUACUCUUGCUACAUCUUUGGCUGUAGAUGAAGAAUGUGUUCAACGAAAAGUACGCGGUCUACCAGUCCACUGGCCCAAUCCCACCGACUGUUCCAGUUUCUAUCGUUGCACGAAUAAAAACAUUAAACGCGAAUUGUUGUGCCCCGAAGGCAAAGAAUACAAUCCACGAACUGGCCGUUGUAGCAGCAAAGGAAAUAAUCUGUGUCAGUUGAGCUUAAUCGCUCCAUUGGCCGAAACAACGAAUCCUUGCACUAAUGAGAUUUCGGGCGCCUUUGUGGCCGAUGUUAAGAGUUGCCGCGGUUUUAAUAUCUGCAAUAAUAACUUAGCCUAUCCACAGACCUGUGCUGCUGGCAGCUAUUUCAAUGCCGAAGUAUCGGCCUGUGAACCCGAUACGCAAUCUUUAUGCUGGGAGAAUUUGUGUGUGAAGAAGGCAAACGGUGUGUAUGUGGCGGAUGCUAACGAUUGCCAUAGUUUCUAUAUAUGUUACGAUGAAAAACCAGCCUCGCAAACGUGUCCCGAGGGUAGUUAUUUCAAUGGCGAAAGUUUGAAUUGUCUGCCCGGCAAAUGUCCAUCGGAGGGAUCUAUUACCACUCCGGCCACUACUACUGACGAAACUACAUGCACUGAGGAAACCACCACAUGUGCUCCGGAAACUAUCACCACAACAUGCACUGAGGCAACCACCACUUGUGUUCCGGAAACUACCACCACUACAUGCACUGAGGCAACCACCACAUGUGCUCCGAAAACUACCACGACUACCUGUGCUGCAGUAACCAUCACUACAACCUGUGCUGCGGAUACAACAACUACAACCUGUGCUGCAGAGACAAUAACUCUAAGUCAAGCUACUACCACUUGCACCCCAGAAGAAACCACAACGCCAGCAAGCGAUGAUGAUGAUUGCUCAAAUACCAAUUGUGACGGCAGCAAAUGUCAAAAUGCUAAAGACGGCUUCAUCUUUCCCGCCCAAAAUACCAAUGCUGGCUUUUGCGUUUGUGUCAAACAAAAGCCUGAAUAUCGCGCAUGUUCCGAUGAGGCCAUCUUUAAUGAAUCUCUGCAAAUUUGUGUGGCUCAAGACAAAGUUUGUCCCUCCAGCAAAUGCUUGCAACAGCCAGACUAUACCACCUUCCCCGCUUCCAAUACUACGAACGGUUUCUGCAGAUGUUUAUCGGGCGUGGCCAGCUAUUUCGAGUGUGCCGAAAACGAUUAUGUUUACAGUGAAGUAUUGGGCUUCUGUGUUAAAUCCUCCAACAGCGAUGACUGUGAAGAGGAAACAUCAACAACACCCGCUACAAUAUUGUGCGAGGGAGGCUUUAAAGAUGGUGACUUUGUGCCCUAUCCCAAUAAUUGCAUGCUUUUCUACAUCUGCUAUGAGGGUGAAUUGGUAGAAAGCAGCUGUGAAACUGGUAACUAUUAUGACGACACAAUUAAGGCCUGUCUACCCGACACCGAGGGUAAAUGCCCCGAUUGUCAAGUGGCCCAAACAAGCUCUAGACGCAACAGGCGUGCUGUUGCAAACUGCAUUGAUGGUGUAAAGAUACCAGCCGUCGAUUGCGAUAAAUACUACAAAUGUGUAGGCGGACAAAAACUGUUGUAUGGCUGUGGCAAAAACUAUUUCUUCAAUCCUAUCACUUUAAGUUGUGACUUUGAUGAACAGUUCACAUGUUGGACCAGCGACACUUGUGUCAAUGGCAUGAUGACAGCAUAUCCCACCGAUAGCAAAAAGUACUAUGAAUGUGUUGAUGGAAAACAAGUUUUAAAGACUUGCGAAGCAGGCAGUUCCUUUAAUAAAAUCUCAAUGACCUGUGUGGCUGAGUGCACAUGUCCGGGUGGUUAUACAGAGGGAGAUAUUUCGCCCCAUCCUAAGGAUUGUGAUAAGUUUUAUAUCUGCGUUGCUGGCGUGCAGAUGGUACAUGAAUGCGGUAAGGGCAAUUUCUUUAAUAAACAAACUUUAAGCUGCGAAAAAGAUGUUAAAAAUACCUGCAACGUUGAAGAGUGUGCCACAUGCCCCGGUGGCUAUAAAGAUGGUGAUCUAUCGGCCCAUCCACAGGACUGCGAUAAAUUCUAUAUUUGCUCUGAUGGCGUCCAAGUUCUGCAGGAAUGCGGUAAGGGUAAUUACUUUGACAAUGAUACUCUAACCUGUGAACCCGACAUCUACGAUGAAUGCUGGACCAAGGAGUCCUGCAUUACCUGUCCCGGCGGCUACGAAGAUGGAGAAUUUUCACCACAUCCCACGGAAUGCAACAAAUACUACAUUUGUUACAAUGGCAGUCAAGUGUUGGAGGAUUGUGGCACAAAUAAUUACUUUAACAAGGAUAGCCUAAUGUGUGAACCCGAUGUUUAUCAUGUUUGCUGGCCAAAUUUGUGUGCGGGCAAACCAAAUGGUGCACUAGUGGGUAAUCCUCAACAAUGUAAUAGUUUCUUCCUGUGCGAAAAUGAGGAAGCCCAACCUAAGAACUGCUUAGAAGGCGAGUACUUUGAUUACACUGUUGGGGCUUGUCAAGCUGAUGUUAAGGCCGUCUGCUAUAAUCCCUGUGAAAAUGAGAACGCUGGUCCAGUUCUUCUCCUGCCACAUCCCGUUUGUAAUAUGUAUUAUUUCUGUAAUGAUGGCAAAACGAAUGUUGGCACAUGUCAAGUUGGUAGUUUUGACAGCGAGACGGGUGUUUGUAAUGAAGCUAAGAAAUGCUAUCCUAAUCCAUGUGAAAAUCCGCAAAAUCCCGGUAUCUUCGCAGAUCCAAUUGAUCCUGCAAAAUUCUUUAUUUGUGUAAAAGGAAUGCCUGUAUCGAAACAAUGCCAAGCAGGAGCGGAAUUUGACCCGAUCUUUAAAAUGUGUGCCAAGGUUUCGGACCCCGACUGUGCAAUAUGCGAUAAGGAUGGAACUUUCCCCACUUUAGAUCAAGGCAACGAUUCUGAAUUUUGUGUAUGCGUUAAGGGUAAAGCUACCAAAAUCGAAUGCCCCCAGGAAUACACAUUCAACUCUGAAUUAGGUGUCUGUUAUUCGAAUGCUCCCUGUGAUCCAAGUUAUUGCUUGGAAAAUGAUGGUUAUAUUCCCUAUCAAAAUCGCAAUGAUAGCAAGAGUUUCUGUAUGUGUAUCGAUCAAAAGCCUGUUAUUAUAGCAUGUCCCAAUAAUGGCACUUUCAAUCCAUACAUCUCAAAAUGUUCGGAAAAUGAAAUUUCGCCCGAAUGCUUACAAUCCGAGUGUGUAGGUGCAACAACCGAAGGAAAAGUAUUUAAUCCCAUUAAUACAAAAACCAGUAAUGGCAUCUGUGUAUGCAUUCAACAAAUUGCCACCUUUAGACCCUGCAGCCUUGGCAGUAGCCUAAAUCCAGCUCUAACUAUAUGUCAAUUAGCGGAGAUUAAUUGUAAUUCGUAUCAGUGUCGCGGUUUGCCCGAUAAAACAAAAAUACCAGCUCAGACCACAAUCUAUGGCUAUUGUGAAUGUGUUGCUGACAUUGCCACCUACCACAAUUGUCCGGAUAAUGGUGAAUUUAGUGGAACGACAAAUAAAUGCGAAAUACCGAUUUGCGAUUUAACCAAAUGUACUUCACCAAGCGACCGAUUACCAGCUGCGAAUACAGUUGAUGGCUAUUGUGAUUGUAAGAAUAAUGUAGGAUAUGUGGCUUGUGGAAAAGACUUGAAAUUUAGUUUAGAUUUUAAAUUUUGCACUGAACCGUGUUUUGCAAAACUUUGUGAAGGCAAACCUAAUAAUUACCUAAUACCAUCGAAAAUCAAUGACAAUAGUUUCUGUAACUGUAAUGCGGCCACUGGAAAUGUGGCGCCUACUUUCGAAUUGUGUAAGCCCGACAACUAUAUAUUCGAUCAAGCCAAACAGGCAUGUGUGGGUAAUGCAAAGGAAUUCUGUGCUGGCGUAGUUUGCAAUGGCAUAACUGAAACGUUUCCGGCUGUAAAUAUUAUGACUGGCUUCUGUUUGUGCACACCAGCUAACCCAGCACCAAUGUUCAGGGAAUGUCUUCUAGGAAUUUUCGAUCCUACAACAGGUUCAUGCAUUCCAACGGCUAAAGAUGUCUGCGAUAUUAGCCUGUGUGCUAAAGCUACCAUGGACCAACCCCUUACAAUACCAUCCAAAACCAGUGAUAUAGAGUUUUGCUAUUGUUCGAGCCCCACCGAUGCCAUGGUAGUUACCUGCCCCACUGGCAAACACUACAAUCAUGCCAAGGGCAUGUGUGUAAGUAAGCAGCUGGACAACGGUAGUGAUAAUGCAUGUCCUGAUGAUGUCGAAGAGGGCCAGAAGGUGGCUGAUACUACGACCUGCAAUAAAUACUCAAAAUGUGUGGAUGGCAUUAUGGUGCCAGAGACAUGUCCAGCUGGCAAAUACUUUAAUGUGGAAAGCAAUGAUUGUAUCAUAGACACCCAGGGCGUUUGUGAUAUGUCGGAAUGUACUUGCUUGGGCGCCUAUUACGAGAAUGAACAUUUGCCACACCCCAUCAACAAGCACUUGUAUUAUGUGUGCAAAGAUGGUAUGUUGCAUGAAUACAAAUGUCCUGAUCGUCGUAUUUACAGUGUCACUCAGAAACAGUGUGUCAGCGGCAUUGCAGCUGCCCCUCCUAAGGUCAAAUCCCAAAAACGUACCAUUGACUUUAGCAAUGAUCAUGAAUUUGGCUGUUUGGAAAAUGAAAAACGUUCGGUGCCCUCCAACUGUUCGCAAUAUGAAAUCUGUCUUGAACAGGCCUGGCAACGUAAAACCUGCAGCAAUUAUCGUUACUACAAUCCCGAACAAAAGAAGUGCUUAGAACCACGCGAUGAUUUCGUAUGCUCCUAUGCCAAAGUAACCACAUUGCCCAUUUGCAAUGCCAGCAUGGAACACAAAUUGUAUCAGGCCAAGACCUGUCAACAAUACUACCGCUGUCUAGAAGGCAAAUGGCGCUUGAAAUCAUGUGGACGUCAACAAUAUUUUAAUGCAAAGAUGGGCACCUGUUUGCCAGUGCCACAAGAUCCAGAGUUUCAGUGCUCGAAAAUAAACAACAAAAUCUUAGAGGGCUUGGCAAAUCAAAACACAACCUGCCAACACUUGAGCCAACGUUUUUAUGGUAAAAAUUGUGCCAUGUAUUUGAUGUGUCUGGAUAAUGAUUGGUGGUAUCAGUACUGUCCAGCUGGUAUGUUUUACAAUCAAACCCUUAACUAUUGUGUGCCGGAUGUUGAGCAACAGUGCCCAGAUGUGAUUAAAUCCCAUAGCACUCCUAAUGCUGAAGAGUUUUCCCAGGAUGCUUGUCAACAAGAUGGUUUGCUAAGACCCUCGGCCUUGGCCUGUAAUCGUUACUUUGUUUGCCUCAAUGGCAAAUGGCAGAUGCAACACUGUGCCCAGAAAGAGUUUUAUGAUAUUACCCAUGCCAAAUGUUCGCCCGACAUGGAGGGUGUGUGCAGCCAAUUGUUUGUGGAUUGUUUGCCGAAUGAAAAAAGAGCCCUGCCUCGAAAUUGUUCUGCAUAUGAACAAUGUUCCAGUGAUGGCAAAUGGCUGAGAUUAAGCUGUCCCCAAGGAGAAGUAUACGAUGACAUAAUACAUGAAUGUAUCACGAAUCGGGGUAUAUGCUCUAAGCAUGGCCUUAAAAGAGCCUGUAGGAAUGAGGAGAUUAUGGUGGUAAAUAAAAAUUGUUCCAUGUUUUACUAUUGUUCGUUGGAUAGCUGGAAUUUGGGCAGCUGCCUUAAGGGUUUCAUGUAUUUGGCUGAAAAGCAAAUGUGUGUUGCUCAUACAGCCGAAGAUAACUGCAAAGCCCUGACUGAAAAGCAAUUGCAAGCAAGUGCCUUGAGACAAGAAAGCGAAUUAUGCCUAGGAAAACCGGAUGGUACUUCUGUAGCUCAUCCCUUGGACUGCAGUCGCUAUUAUAUUUGCAUACAGCAAUCCAACUCCCAUGAAAUGCAAUGCUCUAAGGGCAGCUACUUUGAGGCCAGCCUGGGCUACUGCCGUCCCAAUGAUGGCAGCUGUCGUCUACCCUUAACCGGGGUAUGUGCUAAUGCCAGCGAUGAAUCCUUGGUAGCACAUCCUACAGAUUGUCAAGCGUUUUACAAAUGUUCCUCCAUUAAUGGCACCGAAUUGCUGAAUUGUCCCGCAGGCCAAUAUUAUCACAAUUAUACCCAACAAUGUCGCAUUGAUCAUGGAGAGUGUAAAAAAGAUUUGGUGGCUGAGAAAAAAUGUGCUGGUUUUGCGCAUGGCACUCGUCUGGCCCAUGAAAAAUACUGUAAUAUAUAUUAUGCCUGUGUCAAAGGUUUGGCCAUACCCGUCGAAUGUCCUGAUAAUUAUCAGUUCAAUGGCAUUUUGGGUAAAUGUGUGGCCGAUGUGGAGCACCAAUGUCUAGAUGGCCAAUUAAUAGAUGGCAAUAUAAGCUACAGUUGUGGCAAUUUGUCAGAUGGUUCCUAUUUGCCCGAUCGCAAGGAUUGUACACGUUAUUAUAUCUGCUCUCAAGGCCAGGCUUUGCCCAAGAAAUGUGCCAACUCCAGUUAUUUUGAUAAUGAACUAUUGCUGUGUGUGCCCGAUGAUGGUUCUUGUCCAUUUGUCAAUGAAGACAAUGGCCAGCAAAAUCCGGUUGUGCCAGAUCCCUUAAUGUGUGAGGGUAAACAUGGCUAUUUAAUGACAGAUCCCUUUAACUGCAACAAUUUCUAUGCCUGCAUACACAACAAACUAAAACAUGAAAGAUGCUACUCCCAGCAUUUGUUCAAUACCACCACACAACAAUGCCAGCAGAAACCUCUAACGGAAACCAAUACAAAUGGCAAUACAACAGCCUUAGAUCUUAAGCUAGAUGCUGCUAAAAGCCAAAACCCUCAGUGCCUAGACGAGACUACCUCCAUUACGAAAUUAUGCUCGGAAAUGAGCGAGGGUACAUCUUUGGCUGAGCCAGGUGAUUGCAGACGUUAUAUAACCUGCAAGGAAUCCGAAGAGGAACCCGUUUCCCAACGUUGCCGCAAUGGUGAAAGUUUUGACAGUCUUUUGGGCUUCUGUCGACAAAACGAUGGCACCUGUCUGCUGGAGAAUGGACAAAGGGUGGGUGAAUGCAGCGGCAAACAUGGCCAACUGGCCAGAGAUCUUAAUAAUUGUCGCAAUUAUUUCGUGUGCAUUAAUGGCCAGAAAAUCGCCCAAACCUGCCAACCAGAUGAAUACUUUAGUAAGACGCAAAAUAUGUGCUUAAAGGACACCCAGAAUGUGUGUGCUACCACCCAGACACCGGAGGAGCAAGUAAAACAGUCCUGUGCCGGUUUAAGUGAAUCUGUUCUCUAUCCAUAUAUAUACGACAGUUGUCGCUCCUAUUUCCAAUGCAUUAAGGGUGUGGCCAAAAUACACAAAUGUGCCGAUGAACUGUAUUUCGAUCCUUUGGCCAUAAAAUGUGUUAAGAAUAAAACCGAAUGUAUUAUGCCUACAGCAUCUUUGCAGAGAUCACCAGCUUUUAGUCAAACGUUUAGCCAGCUAUGCUCUAAUAAGAAAUUAGAACAUCCCUAUGCUAAUCUGGACAAUGAGUGUCGUUCGUUUUAUAUCUGUCAUAGCAAUGGCGAUGUAAGCCAUGAAUUGUGUCCCUUAGGCAUGAUGUUUAGCAAGGAACUGAAUGUCUGUACUGCUGAAAACAAAACCCAAUGUGAAGUUAAAAAGCAAGGAAACAAUGGAAAAGGAAUGUUAAUGUGAUUUAUGGAUUUUAAGUUUUGAAUUAUAAUUUUAAGAAAUUAAAAAAUAAAAG